AUGGCAACACAAAUUGUGUAUCUAGAUGACCCUAAAGCCGGGAGCGGUUGGAAAGUUGUUCAGAAGAUGGAUCAUUGGAACGUGUAUGCUAUACUAGAACUAGACCCAACUGACAACGACGUCGACAAUGUGGUUGACCAACGUUUAGAAUCUUCAGUGGAAAAUUAUGCGGAAACAGUUCGAGAUACAAAUUCAAUUACAAUUGACCUUGGUGAUCUUCCGCGAUACGAUGUUGCAGUGGGCCCGAGCAACGACGAUGAUGUAGUUAUAGUGGAGGAGGAGGAGGAGGAUUGGGAGACCAAAAGUGAUGAUAGCGAUGAUAACGAAAGUUAUUAUAGUUCAAAUGAUGAAUAA